CUUUCUCGAGUUAAGGGAAGGUAGCUCCGGGGAUCCUGGCCUGACUGAUUGAAGAUGGCCUCAUGUCUCUAUGAAUGCCUUUGCGAGGCAGAACUUGACAAAUAUUAUCCUAAUUUUACUGCUCUUGGCUUCCAGAAGAUAGAUGAACUUGCCAAGGUCUCCAUGAAAGAUUAUGCCAAGUUGGGGGUGCAUAACAUGAAGGACCGCAAGCACCUCUUCCAGCUCAUUAAAAUAAUCAAAAUCUUGCAGGCGGAAGAAGAAGAAGCCGAAAAAACCAAGCCACACUUUCGAAUGGGUGCUGUCUACCUCCAACCUCAAGUUGCCAGACCUGGUCCUCGUAGGCAACUGCAGUUUGAUUCCAUCUCAGACAAAAAACAUGAAGGGAAAGAUGCUGAAACCGGAUUGUGUAGACUCUCGAAUUGCUUUGUGAAGAAAGAUAAGGAUGACUUAGCCACAGUGCUAGGGCAUGACUCGGAGUACAAAAGACCCCCAAAAGACAUUAUGAACACACCUACCGCUUGGACAGAAUACAAGCUAGACUUGCCCACUAUGACUGUAUCUAAUGAAAUUGCCCCUCUGUUGGGGGACACCAAAGCCCCCAUUGUACAAAGAGUAGCUCAUAUUUCUGGUUAUAAUUACGGCGUGCCACAUUCUUGUGUCAGGCCCAGUACCUCUGAGAAAGAAACGCCGUGGACCGAGACAGACAAGAUCCGGGUGUGUGUCAGAAAACGUCCCUUGGGCUUAAGAGAGGAGCGGCGUGGCGAAGUAAACAUCAUCACAGUGGAAGAUAAAGAAACUCUCCUGCUUCAUGAGAAGAAGGAGGCCGUUGACCUCACCCAGUAUAUUUUGCAGCAUGUGUUUCACUUUGAUGAAGUCUUUGGGGAGGCAUGUUCCAAUCAGGAUGUGUACAUGAAGACUGCUCAUCCCCUCAUUCAACAUAUUUUCAAUGGCGGCAACGCCACAUGCUUUGCGUAUGGGCAGACAGGGGCCGGCAAGACCUACACUAUGAUUGGCACACACCAAAACCCAGGGCUGUAUGCCCUGGCUGCUAAAGAUAUCUUCCGGCAGUUAGAAACAUCCCAGGCCAGAAAAGAUCUUCACGUCUGGAUUAGCUUUUACGAGAUCUACUGUGGGCAGCUUUAUGACCUGCUAAAUGGAAGGAAGAGGCUUUUUGCAAGGGAAGAUAGUAAACAUAUUGUGCAAAUUGUUGGGCUGCGUGAGGUGCAAGUGGAUGCCGUCAACCUGCUUCUCGAGGUGAUCCUGAAAGGAGGGAAGGAGCGCAGUACAGGGGCCACGGGAGUCAAUUCGGAUUCCUCUCGUUCACAUGCCAUUAUCCAGAUUCAGAUUAAAGACACAGCAAACCGAGUGUUUGGGAGAAUCUCGUUUAUUGAUCUGGCGGGGAGUGAGAGAGCAGCUGACGCCAGAGACUCUGACAGACAGACGAAGAUGGAAGGAGCAGAAAUAAAUCAAAGUCUGCUGGCUCUUAAGGAGUGCAUCCGUGCCCUGGACCAAGAGCAUGCCCACACACCCUUCAGGCAAAGCAAGUUGACUCAGGUCUUAAAGGAUUCUUUCAUCGGCAAUUCCAAGACGUGCAUGAUAGCCAACGUCUCACCUAGCCACAUUGCUACAGAGCAUACCUUGAACACCUUGCGCUACGCUGACAGAGUGAAAGAGCUGAAGAAGGGGAUGAGAAGUUGUGUGCCUGGGAUGAACAGACGCCGGACAACAGGAAGCAUGUCCCCCAAACGCAUCCAGAGCUCUCCGUGUGUGCAAUCUGGGGAAAAGUCCUCACCAAAGAAGGUGAAACUGACUUUGCACUCUUCCGCAGUGGCUGCACCUUCCACCAGGAUGAAGAUGUCCCCUGUGCUGUUCCAUCCCAUGAACCCCCAUUUCUCUUCUACACCAAAAGGAACAGCCCGCAAAGGGAAUCCCGUCACAGCUUGGCUCGGCCACACCAGCCCACUGAAAGGAGCUCAGGGGGCAGGCCUGCCAGCCAAGAAGGUGACCGAGGACCUUGUGCAACUUUCUGAGGACCGGGUAGGUCAGGCAGCUUCUUCCGCCAAGAUCAUGAGGGAAGGUGGUCAAGGAGACAGGCAGCGGGCCAGGAGCCGGAAAGUCCAACCAGUACGGAAGCAGCUGAUUUCCAGAACUGACUUCUCCUUGGGGGAUGCGCGCUGCCCGUUGGCUUGUGUCCCAAACAGUGGGAGAGUGUUUGCUGAGCAGUGCGCCGCAGCAUGGACAAGCCUCCCGCCCCAGCAGAAGGACCGGGAGCAACACCUCCGCCUUUACCACCAGCAGUUCCAGCAGCCACCCAUUCUGCAGCAGAAGCUGAAUUACCAGCCUCUGGAGAGGUUUCUUGGUCAGUACAAGCCGCAGGGAGUCCGGGUGCAGCCCGAGUCCCCUGGCCAGCCUCCUCCUUCCCCCCAGUGCCGAGAUGAGACUAUGCAGCUGGAGGAUUUGGAGGACAGCGACUUCAGCGAAGACUCCUUUUCACCUGGGCCCAGCCGCAGGAAGCCUGAGGCAGACACAUCCAGGGAACGCAGCCAGGGUUCCUUUUUCCUCCAUCGGAGAGACUUUGAGACUGACGAGCGAGAAGUCCAGAUUGGGCAGGAGCUGUUUUUCGAACUGCCUGAGCUCGAGAGUAAAAGCAGAGCCUUGCCAAGGUCAGAGGAGUUUGUUAGUUACGAGGAAAGUACUAGGAGUCAAUCUGACUGGAGCACAGAAGAAAGCUCAACACUCGAUUCCCCCCCACAGAAUGACACACCAGAGAAACCUUACUGCUCGCAAGGAGACAAACUUGUGUGCAAGAGAAGCUGCACCAAAGAAACUCACGCUGGGCUAAAGCCCCACCACAGUAUAGAUCUAGAUUUAGGAUGCCCCGAGGAAAGCUUCUCCUUUUCAGGGAAGGCAACCCAGAUCUUACCAUUCGCUCAUGCUCUGGGAUCUUCAAGAUGCGUUGCCCGUGGCCAAGGGGAAGACUCUCUGAAAGGCCAACACACUCCCUGUUCGGGAAAUUCAGAAAAGGGGCUCCGAAAGAGAACCGACCUCUGUGGAACUCUGGCAUUUUCCUUGGACUUCGUUGCAAGAACAAGGACUCCUCUGACAGUGUCAGUCCUUGACACCGAGACAGCAGAUGCCGCAGAGGACGAUGCUCCAGAUGAGUGGCAAAGAAAGGCUUUGCGUGAGGGGGAGACAGUGGGAAAAGACCCCUUCAGCAGCAAAACGCAAGUGGAAGAGGAGCCCGUGCAGUUCCUUGGAAAUAAAGCUUCUCCUACAGCCCCUGUGUAUGAACUGGAUCCGUGCAGAAGUCGAGCUGCCCAGCUGCUUUCUCCGCAAGCCAGGCCCAAGGGGCUUUCACAGCCUUGCCACAGUCCAAAGGUUCCCUCUUCCCUGGGAGACACGUCACCCUCGGCUGAGCUUCAUGGCUGCGUUUGUGGAUUCUCUGCAGGAGACGCGGGCCUGGCAGAGGUCCUCCCCCCGUGCAAAGAGGAGGGCACUUUGCUUCGUGGCGACGUACAGGUGGGUGCCAACGCCACUGGCACAGAAGCCACCAGGAUUGCCUCAAUAAGCAGUCCCGCGCAAUUCAGGUUGGGGGGGAAAGACGCCUCUGAGCCUGUCAUGCAGCUGCAACAUGCUGCUACUCCAGAAAAGGUGUUUGUCUCAAGGGUGUCAGAGAACAAAGAACCCUCUGGAGAAAGCAUCCCAAUGCAGCCCGUUGUGGAAGUUGAGGAACUGGAGCUUGGCCAUCCGGAAGAGCAGUUCGAGUUGACGUUUAACCCUGAGGAAGCAGGGCUCUCUCAGGACAGAAGCGUCCCGGAAGUGUUCGUUCAGAAAUCUCCUGAUGCUGCCGAGCAGGAUGCAGGGAUGGACACCAGGUCUCCCCAGAGCUCCCCGAACGGCACCUCCGAAAGCUCACUCCGGUAUAAGGAAGCGUUGGGAAGGCAGUUUGUGAUCCAGAUCCGUCAGGAACAGACGGAUGAAAUGGCAGCCCUCUCGCUGCGGGAAGAGGCCUUGAUCAGUCAGAUGUCAGAGCUGGAUCUGGCAGACUUUGUGAUGAAGCUGGAGGGGAUCCUGCAGCUGCAAUCGAAGUGCAUCCAAAGAACAAGAACUCGGCUCCAGCCCCUUCUAGCUACGCUGCGGGGAGUGUCCCCAACUUAGCCAGGGUGUAGCGCUGCAGUGACCCAGCCCCGUAGCACCACCUUCCGUGGCCCACAGGCCCCAGCAGGGGACUUCGUCUGGUUAGUGUUUGUACUUGGCAUAGAGACUGAGACCCUAAUUUCAACUCAGGAAAACAUUCAGCGGCAGGCAGAAGCCCUCCAAGCCCCAAAUUCAAUUCUGUACUCUCUAAAAGUCCCAUCUGCACAUCUGUCGAUACAUGAUCGCAGCGCUAUCUUCCUUCACGAUGAGGGUUUUUUUUUUUUUUGGUACUGCAAAAGAAAACUCAGGGGAGGACCAGCCCCAUUUCCAAGAAAUGCCCUUGGGAAAAGUAGAGGUACAAAGGGGAAGGCUUUAUACUCUGAUUUCUUCAGUUGCUUUUAUCUGCUGUUUAUAUGUUCAGGCUUGUCUGUCAGCCAGUUAUCUCAGCCUCUCAGGACUGGGAUGGGGAAGCACUUCUGUACCGUCGCUUGACAGAUGGUGCAACAAGUCACAUCGACACUGCUAUAGAGCUUUUGCUAUAAGGCAGGCUCUGCAGCUCGCCCAGCCAGUUCUGCCUUGGCUCUAAGCUGCUUUACACCGCAACACACCGGCAGAGACGGAAGCGUCACCCUCUUGUACAACACCAGCCCCUCAUGACGUGUCUUGAGUGGCCCCAUCUCUUUUUGAAAAGGGGAUGCUGAGUGCAGAGAAUUCAGCCCAAGCCCCCAGAGUGUCUGUUCACUCCCUAACACGGCUCAUGGAAGGACAGAGCUUAGACCCAAACCUGCCAGGCCCACUCUGCUCUUGUGGCCAUUUUAAUGAGUAAAAUACUCGAAGCUGAGUAGUUCUCACUUUGGGGGAGACUUGGUUUUACCUUGUUUUGAGAGAUGAGCCCGUCUUGAGGAAUUAUGCAAAUG